UGAGGGGACCUUCUAGCCUUCCGACUCUGUGGUGCGGCCUCCAGCCUCCCCGCCCACCUUCGCCCUCCCGUCAGUCGCAGGAAGACAUGGCGGCGUCUGCGGGAGCCGUUCUGAGGGGUCUCCUGCCCAGGCACCUGCUGACCCGUCCUGCUCCCUGCCUCAGUUUAAGGACGAUGUCGUCGCAACCGCCGGAGAAGCCCAAAGCCUUGGACACCUAUGAAACCCUGAAGCUGGAGCGGGUGAAAGACAAGGUUUUGCACGUGGAGCUCAACCGGCCAGAGAAAAGGAAUGCCAUGAAUGCUGCUUUCUGGAGGGAAAUGGUGGAGUGCUUCAACAAGAUUGCUCAGGACUCCGAGUGCCAUGUGGUGGUGGUAUCUGGUGCUGGGAAAAUGUUCACCUCAGGUAUUGACUUGAUGGAAAUGGGCAGCACAUUUCUGAUGAUACCAGGAGACGACACAGCCCGCAAGGCUUGGAACAUCCGCCAGAAGAUCCGGGAGUAUCAAGAAACCUUCACGGUCUUGGAGAAGUGCCCUAAGCCCGUAAUUGUUGCCGUCCACGGGGGCUGCAUUGGAGGAGGUAUGAAUCUCAUCUCCGCCUGUGAUAUCCGCUACUGUACUCAAGAUGCCUGGUUCCAGGUUAAGGAAGUGGACGUUGGUUUGGCAGCCGACGUCGGCGUUCUGCAACGGCUACCUCAUAUCGUCGGAAAUCGGAGCCUGGUCAACGAGUUGGCUUUCACUGCCAGGAAGAUGAUGGCGCCUGAAGCCGAGAGCAGCGGCCUGGUCAGCCGUGUCUUCCAAGACAAGGAGACCAUGAUGCAGAGCGCUUUCGACUUGGCCACUGAGAUUGCCAGCAAGAGUCCGGUUGCUGUGCAGGGCACCAAAGUCAACCUCGUCUACUCCAGGGACCACCCUGUUUCUGAAGGCCUGAAGUAUAUGGCGACCUGGAACAUGAGCAUGCUUCAGACAGAGGACAUCUUGAAGUCCGCCCAAGGCAUCAUGGAGAAGAAGACAACCAGGCAGAUAACCUACUCCAAGCUGUAGCUGCUCUGCGCUUGCAGCAGAAGGCAGCAAGCCCCCAACAAGAGCAGUAUGGUGGGCUGCUGCUUUGGCCGUGGGCGAGACUGGACUCCAGGACCCCCUGCGAGGGGGGGCAGCAAGUGCCUUCAGAUACCGGCUCAGCCAUGCAGCUUUCAGGCUGUGGCACGUCACGCCUUAGGAGGGGUAGAGGCCUUCUGAAAAUUGGUGCUUUCCCCACCCAAAGGAAGGUUAGUGGUAGAACCAGAAAUAAACAUUUAAAACGCAA